CUAGGCAUGCAGACUGCUUCUACAAACAUUUGUGAAAGAAUGGGUCGCUCUCAGGAGCUCAGUGAAUUCAACCGUGGUACCGUGAUAGGUUGCCACCUGUGCAAUAAGUCCAUCCAUGACAUUUCCUGGCUACUAAAUUUUCCACAGUCAACUGUUAGUGGUAUUAUAACAAAGUGGAAGCAACUGGGAACAACAGCAACGCAAACAUUGUAGGCACAGUCAUCGGAUGCAGUGGUGUAAAGCACAUCACCACUGGACUCUAGAGCAGUGGAGACGUUUUCUCUGUCUGACAAUCCGAUGGACGUGUCUGUGUUUGGCGAUUGCCAGGAGAAUGGUACUUGCCUGACUGCAUUGUGCCAAGUGUAA